AUGGCAAGUACCUCAGUUGGCUCGAAUGCAAUUGUCCUGGAACUUCUUAACCAGCAUAACUAUAAAGAUUGGAGUUCUCAGGUUGAGACUUACUUACUAGCUAAAGAACUUUGGGAUGUUGUCAAACAGCCACCACCUAAUGCCGGCGAUGUUGGAUAUAAGGCUUGGAAGGCAAAGGACGCCAGGGCCUUACAUGCAAUUAAAAUCAGUUGCGGGACUGAGAUGUUUUCUUUUAUCCGGGCAAGUAAAACAGCCAAGGAUGCGUGGAAUGUUUUGGAGAAGAAGUGCAAUUGGGAUGAGAAUAUAUUGAAGUCGUUUCCAGACACCGGAUGCACUGAUCUUCACAAAGCCGCCAUGAAUGGAGAAGUGGAUACCGUGAAAGAGUUGCUGUCGUCGAUGAGAGACGAAGAUGUGAAAAUCAAAGACGGCAAGGGCCGUACAGCUUUAGAUGGUGUUAUAGUUGCAUCGUCUGCAAAAGCACAAGCACGUUCGAUCCAGAUAGCUCGAGCCAUGGUAGAAAAGAACCGGGAAAUAGUUGAAAUCAGUAGUUGGCCUUGGAAAUAUAUUCCAGUUGUGAGGGCUUGUAGUCGAAACAAAUGGGAGAUGGCUCGGUAUCUCUUUUCUCUCACUCCCGAUGUGGCUCUACUCAGUGAGAAUGGAAGGCAGGGCGCUCAACUUAUUUCUAUGUGCAUUUGGCGUCCCAAAGGACUUGAUGUUGCAUGGAAAGUACUACAACAAUAUCCAAAGUUGGCCAUGGCUGACAACGGAUUUGGACAGCAUCCUAUGCUUGAAUUAGCUGGAAUUAAUCAUAUUUAUGAAAUGAAACUAAAUCAUCUCCGAUUCGAUAAAUUCCUAAGCUGCAUGGCAGAAAAAGUGAUGAAAGAUUUAGAUAAAUUAACAGAGGAUGAAUUUCAAGUUGUGAGAACUUCACUCUUCAAAGCUAUUGCACAAGGGCACGUUGAAUUUGUUAUGCAUAUGUUUGAAGCAAACCGAGCAGUCAUGAACAUAUUUGAUGACAAAAAGAAGAGCAUGUUUCAAUAUGCCAUUGAAUGUCGUCAAGAAAAAAUUUACAAUCUUAUAUAUCGGCUCAAGCCAGAAGAAAUGGAUGAUAUCACUCAUAAUAUCGCAACGUUUAAGACCAAUAUGCUACAUAGCGCCGCGAACUUACCCUCCGUUAAACAUUCAGACCAUAUACAAGGUGCAAGUUUGCAAAUGCAACGCGAAUUACAAUGGUUCAAGGAGGUGGAGAGAAUGUUACCAAGGGAAAUGCAUGAAUAUGUCAAUAUUUCAAACGUGACAGCCCGUGAACUAUUCACCAGAAAUCACAAGAUAUUAAAGGAUGAAGCGGAAAUAUCCACAAAAGGAAUUGCAACAUCUUGUACAACUGUUGGUGCUCUCAUUGUUACUAUAAUGUUCGCUGCAGCAUUUACAGUUCCUGGCGGAACUAAGUCAACUAACAGUGACAAUAAGACAUUGGUUAGAGUUUUUAUACUCUCAGAUACAAUAUCACUCAUUUCCUCUGCAACUUCGGUAAUUACAUUCUUGGGACUUCUGACGUCAACUUAUGCAGAGGAUGAUUUCCUUCGGUCUUUACCCACAAAAAUGAUGAUAGGUCUUUCAACUCUUUUCAUCUCUAUUGCCACUAUGAUGAUCACAUUUUCUUGUGCACUGAUCAUUAUGUUCGAUGGAGAAGCCAAGAUGAUAAUUACAGGCAUUGUGCUGGCAGGUGUGCCCGUGGUGUCAUUUGUAUUUUUCUUAUUCCCCCUCCUUUUUGAAAUUUGCGUAGCCACUUAUGGACCUUCCAUGUUUCAUUAG